AUAAUUCGUUCACACAUUGCUCGAUAGCAAUGAUUAUUAUUUAACUGUAUUAUUUUGUAAACUGUGUAUUUCUGUCGAUAAAUUUUACUAUACAUGCAAUAAAUUUAUGCAUCUCUGAUAGAUGGCGUUUCCAAAUGCUUAUUCUACGUCAGAAAUUAUUUGUGCGUGGACUAUAAGUACUGUGACUGUGUGUGAUAUCGAUUGGUGACAUUUGACAAGACGACGUGGAUUUCUUAAUUAAUGUAAUUUAAUAUAAUAUUUCGAAAUAUUGACAAAAAGAUGAAGGGAGAUUUCACGAUUUAUGUUUUAUUUACACUUUUAUUUAAAUUUAUAAAAUGUAACAGUGUAAAUAAAUAUGCAUUGCUUAUGCCGAAUGUUACAUCAAGUAGGGAGGAAUUGUAUUUGUGUACCCCUGUUAAAGUAGAUCCUUCCCAAAAUUACUAUUUGACAGGUUUUGAACCAAAUGCAAUGGCAGGUGUUCAUCAUAUACUUUUAUAUGGUUGUGGAAAACCUGGUAGCUCAAAAUCAGUAUGGAAUUGCGGAGAAAUGGGACAUGGUAUAAAUAAUAACGAAGAUACAAUCGUUCCCUGUGCAGAAAAUUCUCAGAUAUUAUAUGCCUGGGCCAGAGAUGCUCCAACAUUAAUUUUACCAGAAGGGGUGGGUUUCAAAGUUGGUGGGGACUCCUCGAUUAAAUAUCUAGUUCUGCAGGUCCAUUAUGCGCAUACUGCAAAAUUUCAAGAUGCUGGCACUGACGACUCUGGUGUAUUUCUCUAUUACACAUUACGUCCAUUGAAUAGAUUAGCUGGUGUUCUCCUUUUGGGAACUGGAGGUGUUAUACCACCUCGAAGUACAACAUACAUGGAAACAGCUUGCAGAAUAAAAGAGAACAAAACUAUUCAUCCUUUUGCAUAUAGAACCCAUACUCAUUCACUCGGUAAAGUAGUUUCUGGAUAUUUGAUAAAACCAGAUUACACUUGGAUAGAAUUAGGCAAAAGAGAUCCUUUAACACCUCAAAUGUUUUAUCUUAUACAUAAAAAUGUUUCUGCUGAACAAGGUGAUCAAAUAGCAGCCCGUUGUACUAUGCAUAGUACACGUGAUAGUUGGACAUACAUUGGUGCUACUAAAGCUGAUGAAAUGUGCAAUUUUUAUUUGAUGUAUUAUGUUGAAAAUGACGAACCACUAUCUAUGAAAUAUUGUUUUACCAGUGGUCCUCCUAAUUAUUAUUGGAAAAAUGCUGGUCUAUUUAAUAUUCCUACUAUAGAGGCAUCUAGUUUAUAAUGUAAUAUCGAUUUUAAGUGUCCCGGUUAAAAAUUGGUACAGAUAUGAAGCUGUUAAUCAGGCUGUAUACGGAUGAACUUCUGAAGCAGAAGUAUCCGUGCGAUGCCGAGUUAAUAAUGAAAGUACUUUAUCUAUUUGUUACAAAAUAAAAUUUGUUUUCAGAUUUAAGUUGACAUUACUCGCACUUUACACAGUGUGUUGUGUAUUAUUAUUUAUUACUUUUUGUUAUUAAUAGUUUGUAUACAAAAAAGAGUACUUAAUUAGCUUUAUACAAGUAUACAAUGUACACUAAUGUUUUACAUCCAACUGUAAAGAAAACAAGAUUUUGUAUCAAGCCUACUAUCGAUCAGAACGUUUCUAAUGUACCUGCCGUUAAUUUCAAUUCAUUAUUAUUGCCCAUGUACAGCGAGAGAAGAAAUAUCUAUUACUCCAGAGAAA